GACAAAUCACCGCCUCUUGUCACUCAAACUUCAUUAUCGACCAAAGGCAAAGAAGACUGAUAAAAACUUCCCGUACAACAAUGGCGACUUGGGCCAGGUUAGGCGCUAGUUGGCGGAGUACAGUCAGAAGUUUGUGGCCUCGCAGAGGUGUAUGGUAUAGUCGAGCUGUUGGAGCCGGUCUGCUGGGCUCUGUUGUAGCUGGCGGAUUUAUUCACUAUAAGAAUGAACCGAGAUGGACACUGUGGCCACACAUCGUGUACGCGGAGGACGCGAAGAAAGAGGAGAUCACAAGACCACAAGUGUCCAUGAGACGACAGCGGUUCAACCAGUUCGCUUCCAUGAUCUAUGAAGAGGAGCCAUACAUGACACCCAGAGACUUCCUCCAUUCAGUCUUGAUGGAGAAGGUGGAUCACAAACUAAAGAAAAAGGUGCUGACCAAAGCAGAUGUGGACGAUAUGGUAUGGGUGGCUUCCAGGGCUGAGGCAGGAAAUCUCAUGUUCAGAGGAAUCGGAGACAAAGGGCUGAUCUCAUACACAGAGUACCUGUUUCUCCUCACUAUUCUUACAAAACCUCAAACAGGAUUUCAUAUUGCUUUCAAAAUGCUUGAUAUUGAUGGCAAUGAGCAUGUGGACAAGAAGGAAUUUCAGAAGCUGAAGAAAGUUAUUCGACCGAGGAAAGAGCUGCUGAGGGAGGGUGGAACAGAGUUUUUAGACAGUGAUUAUGAGGUCAACACUACACUACAGGUUUUCUUCUUUGGGAAAAAUGGCAAGAAAAGACUCCACUACAAAGAUUUUUGCAGGUUUAUGGAAGAUCUGCAGGCAGAGGUGCAAGAAGUUGAGUUCCUGAGGUUUUCUAAAGGGAUGAAGACCAUGAGGCGGGAGGACUUUGCUGAAUGGCUGCUUCACUACACGAAUGAAGAGGACAAUGAGGCAUACUGGGACAACAUGAGGAAGAGGAUCCCCACUGGACAGCAGGUAGGUGUUAGUGCAUCUGCACGCAGAUUGAGGCCAAGACUAUUGGACAAUGGCCUGGUAUCAAGAAGGGCAGCAAUGAAGCUGUCCAUAGAAGAAAAGAGCAUCACCUUUGAUGAAUUUAAAGCAUUCUGUCUCUUUACCAACAAUCUGGAGGACUUCGCAUUCUCAGUAAAAAUGAUUAGUGAUGCCAACAAGCCAAUAGGAAUGGCUCAGUUUAAGCGAGCGGUGAAGAUAGCGACAGGUCACGACCUUUCAGAGAACGUUUUGGACACUGUUUUUAAGAUCUUUGACCUGGACGGGGACAACUGUCUGAGUCAUAAAGAGUUCCUCGGUGUGAUGAAAGACAGAGUACUUCGUGGACUCAGGGUUAAGCCCCAGUAUGGUAUUUCUGGUUAUUGGAAAUGUGUGAAAAGAGAGACACUGCAAGGAGCUCAAGAGGCACUCCGUGAAUCCGGCAGCCCUGUCUGACAGAGGAAGAGGUCUGCAUUUGAGUAUGUGGCUGGCCGGAUGUGGUAAUAUUUACAGUUCCGUAUACUUCUGAGGAGGAAAUGGUACAUAAUUCAUUAAUUAAUUACAAGCACCAGAGCUUGUCAGUUGUACUGUCAGUUAAAUCGUAAUCUUUUACUUUACAUGUUUACAUGGGUCCAAAGAAUACUGCUUGUACAGUGAUAUUGCCGUUGGCCCAAAACAUAUUGAAUACUUAUAAAUUAAAAUUAUAAACAAUCUUUUAUAUAUAAAUUCGUUUCAUGGUUGGCUUGUUUUCUGUUUUUGUUUUCAUUUAGAAAUCUGUGAUGUGCUCUUAGGCCUUAAAUUUGUGAAAUGGCCUGUGUACUCCAACAAAAUUACACUGUCAGUUCAUGAUUUUUCUUAUGUGGAUAGAUAACUGUUUAAUAGUAAACAUGUUUAAUUAUAUGUAGCAUUUAUUUUUACUUGGGAUGUGGUGUUGUUUACAUAUAACCUCUAUGUAAAUCUUUUGUGUUAUAGAAGAUUAUAACACAUUAUCCUGUGGAUAAUCUGCAUCCAAUGCAGAUUUUGAUUUAUGCAAUUAUCACCCCGAAACUCUAGUCUAGAGGACUCUUGUACCGGAUUUAGUUGCUUUUGGGAUUGUUUUGUGACUGAACAAAUGAGCACUUUCAUCUUAGGUACGCUCAUUGUAAAACCUUUUUUACAAAGAGUUUUGUCCUUUUUGAGUUUCAUUUGUGAAAUUGAAAUAAGGCUGUGAAAUACAGUUUUCUUCCUUUAAAUUUAAAGACUCCAUGUACUGUAAGUGUCCGUGUGGUAUCUGUGAUGACAAUCUGUUUAACUGUUUAAUCUGUGGGUUUUUUUCACUGUUGUUUUUGGUUUUUGUAAUGUGUUUUUUUAUUUCUAGGGCACAAUAAAAUUUUCAAUCUUA